UCUGUGAUCUUUUCUUAGUGUUUUGAAAUUCUUUUAGUUUUUCUUGUUUAAUUUAAUUUAAUUAAGUAGCAGACAAAAUGGUCCGCGUCAAAACUGUUCAUAGUAAAACCUAUGUUACUCCUCGUCGUCCCUUUGAAAAGGAGCGUUUGGACCAAGAAUUGAAGAUUAUUGGUGAAUAUGGUCUUAGAAACAAACGUGAAGUAUGGCGAGUUAAAUAUACCUUAGCUAAAAUUCGAAAAGCUGCUCGAGAAUUAUUGACUUUGGAUGAGAAAGAUCCUAAACGUCUUUUUGAAGGUAAUGCUUUAUUGCGAAGACUUGUCCGAAUUGGUGUAUUGGAUGAAACCCGAAUGAAACUCGAUUACGUCUUGGGUCUUAAGAUUGAAGAUUUCUUGGAACGACGUCUCCAAACCCAAGUACUAAAACACGGUCUUGCUAAAUCAAUCCAUCAUGCUCGUGUUCUCAUUAGGCAAAGACACAUUGCUGUCUGCAAACAAGUGGUUAACGUACCUUCAUUCAUUGUUAGAUUGGAUUCUGAGAAGCACAUAGACUUCUCAAUGAAAUCACCAUUCAGUGGUGGACGACCAGGUCGUGUCAAGAGGAAGAACGCUCGCAAACAAAAGAGCUCUGCUGCCGCAGAAGAAGAGGAUGAAGAUUAGACUUAAUCUUUUUGUUUAUAUAAGUUUCAAAUGAUUUCCAAUAAAUCAGUAUGACACAGUUAA